AUGGCGUACCCUAACAAUGUUGGCAUCAAGGCCAUGGAGAUCUAUGUCCCCGGCCAGGCCUUGGACCAGUCGCUCUUUGAACAAUCCCAGGGCGUCUCGGCCGGCAAAUACACCAUUGGCUUGGGUCUCAAGUACAUGAACUUCUGCAACGAUCGUGAAGAUGCGGCUUCCCUCGCUCUCACGGCCGUGUCUUCUCUCUUGAAGAAGUACAACAUCGACCCCAAGUCCAUCGGCCGUCUGGAGGUUGGGACCGAGUCCUUGAUCGACAAGGCCAAGUCCGUCAAGAGCGUGCUGACCCAGCUCUUCGAACCCGCCGGCAACACGAGCUUGGAGGGCAUCGACACCAUCAACGCAUGCUAUGGAGGCACGAGCGCCCUUUUCAACGCCGUCAACUGGGUCGAGUCGCGCUCGUGGGACGGCCGCAACGCCAUCGUGGUGGCCUCGGACAUUGCGCUCUACAAGGAAUCCUCGUCGAGGCCCACGGGCGGCGCAGGAUGCGUCGCCAUGCUCGUCGGCCCCGACGCGGUGCUUGCCCUGGACCCGGCCUUCAGGGGCACCUUCAUGACGCACGCCUACGACUUUUACAAGCCCGACCUCAAGGCCGAGUUCCCCGUGGUCAACGGACACGAGUCUAUCCGAUGCUACAUCUCGGCCCUGGACGGCUGCUACCAGCGUCUGCGCGAGAGAGUCGAAGAGGCGAACGUGAAGGCGAACGGCCACGGGCCCAAAACCAACACGGCCAGCCUGCUGGACGUCUUCGACUACAUGGCCUUCCACACCCCCAACUGCAAGCUGGUCAGCAAGUGCUACGGACGGCUGUUGUACAACGACUACAAGUUCUCUAGUGACCAGAGCGCCUGGGAGAAGCUCCCCGCCGAGCUCCGCGAGCUCAGCUACGAGGAUUCCCUGAAGAGCAAGGAACUGGAGAAGCUCUUUGUCACGCUGUCCAAGGACCAUUUCAAGUCGCGUGUUGAGCCGUGCAUUGCCGCCCCCACGCAAUGCGGCAACAUGUACACGGCCAGUCUGUACUGCUCCCUCAUCAGCCUGAUCAGCAACAUCGACCUGAAGGAGUCUGUAGGAAAGACGAUCGGCAUGUUCAGCUACGGCAGCGGAAUCGCCAGCACUCUGUUUGCGGUCAAGGUCACAGGUGAUCUUACCGACAUGGUCCAAAAGAUUAACAUCAUGGAACGGUUGAGUCAGCGCAAGAUCGCAACUCCCGAAGAAUAUGAAGAGGCCUGUGGCCAAAGACUGAACGCAUAUGGAGCCAAGAGCUUCGAGCCAGUCGGCAGCAUCGAGAACAUGGUUCCGGGCACAUACUAUCUGAAGGAGAUUGAUGAGGCGUACCGGAGGACGUACGCCGUGAAGGAAUAG